UUAAGUGGAAUACUAGGAUAUUCUGCUGUGUUUGACAGUCUCGAGGAUCACAAAGAAAACGGGGUUUUAAACCCGCAAAGUUCAGAUUUGAAAUUUCACGUUGUUGAUAAGGAAACUCAGGCAGUUCUGUCGGGCAAAGAAGCUAUAGAGUUGUUUGACAAGCAAGCGAACAGCGGAAAGAUGGUUGAGUUACAAAACAAGUACAAUGUGAUGAGAGUGUCUCAACAAACCAUGUCAAAAGAUGACGCAGAAGCAGGUUCUAAGAAGCUGACGUUUAUUUUGGUUGCAGUGUCUGUGGCAGAAGCACUUAUAAUCACAGUCAUUAUAUUUAUAGCUCUUUCUGCAAGAAAUAAGUUUAGAAGGAAACUUAAGGCAGCCAUUAUCAACACACCAGACAUGGAAAUGCAUGUGCAUGAACAAAAAGAUGCAGCAAUACCAGGAAGCAACCUAUACUCUAAACAGAAUAAUCCCCUGUUAAAUGCUGAUAUCAAUCCAUGUGAUAACAUCCAAGAAGCUAACGUAGACAGUGCCAGUAUUGCAAGUUCUGAUGACAUUAACUUGGAUGAAAACGUUGUCGACGAUCAGAAUACCGUGUAUGAUCGUAUGGAAGAAAGGGAGGUCACUCUCGACAUGUAUAAUGAUGAUACGUUCCACUCUGUAUCCAGUGAAGAUCUUCUUAGUGCUACUCUGAAUCUUCAUGCCAUGCGUAAAUCUAAAGAAAGUCUCGACAAGAUCAGUGACGAUGAUGAUGAUCUUGGUGAUACAUCUCACUCUCCAAACACUGCUGCAGCAUUUAUAAAUGAAGCCUUUUCUGAAGAUUUAGAGAGUACUGAAAUUUAAAAGCAUAUCGUUGUAUGCUGAUUGCUGAUCUUCGUUCUGUUGAUCAUUUUGUAUUGAUGACUAAUAUAGACAGAAAUGUAUUCAGAUUGUUUUUAUUUUGUAAUUGUGCAGUUUACGUAAAUUAAAAGAAUGUAUAGAAAUGUUUGUGAUGAAAGUGACGUUGAUGAGUUUUAAAUUAAAUUGGUGAUAUACAUCACAAGGUAACGACAAGAGUAUUAGUAAACCUGGAGCUUUUUCAGAAGACUUAAUAUGUGAAAAAAACGUUAAAAAUAUUAUUGGUCAAACCUGGAUUGCAUCAUUCAUUUUUUACCUAAUUGUUUAUAAACAGUGCUUUAUAUGUAGAUUUUAUCUUUAUUCAAUAAAUGUAUAUGUUAAACCUGACACUGUCUUACCGCUGAACAGAAAGAGUUAUUUUGUUACUGCCAAAAGUGUGAUAACUUAGAUACACUUAACGAAACUAAUCAGGUACCUCGGUAUUUUUGCAGUAUCUUCCAUGUGGCAUGUAUAAAUAGCUUUUUUUUUACACAUCUCACAUGUUUAGAGCAAUAUAUCUUAAAUGACAAAUUAAGUUUUCAAUGAAAUUGAAUAGGGUUAGGAUAUCUUUAAAUUCAUUUUUCUACCUUAAGCCAGUUUUCAAAAAAGGUCACAAAAUAUCAAAUGAAUUUCGUUACAAGGCAGGAAAGUCAUGACGAAAGCAAAACGAUUUCUCAACUCUGCCAUAUCAUAGCACUAAAUUUAAAUUUGGCCCGAUAUUUGAUCACAAAAUAUCAGAAAUAAUUUUGUACCUUUAUAACCGCGAUAUGUGCACGUUUAUGAAAAACAAAACAUCCAUGAGUAUUUUGUGACAUUUUGAAAGUCGGUAGAGGUAAUAA